AUGCAGGUCUUGCAAAUCCUUUUCCUGGAGUUGCACAACUAACUCAGAUAUUUGGAGAGGAACAAACUCAAGGAGAGACUUCAGUCUUCAGAUGGGGUAGCCCAGCCCCACGCGCUCACGUCUCUGACCUCGCGCUGAGCCCGGCGAGUCACAAGGUCCCGAUGUUCACUUUUCUUCCCCACUUCUCUGGGCGUUCCUUCCGGAUCGUUAGCGCGCACCGCUCCUCAUUCUCGCGCCUUAUCUUCUCCCCCUCUCCCCUCACUGCGUAUUAAUGCUCUACCGUAGCGCUCCGCGGUCGCCAUGCAGAACAACUACAAGGAGCACCUCUAUAAGAUCCUGGUAAUAGGGGACCUGGGGGUGGGGAAGACUAGCAUCAUCAAGCGCUAUGUUCACCAGAACUUCAGCCCCAACUACCGGGCCACGAUAGGAGUGGACUUCGCCCUGAAGGUCCUUAAUUGGGACCAAGAGACUGUUCGGCUACAGUUAUGGGACAUAGCAGGUCAGGAGCGAUUUGGGAACAUGACGAGGGUCUACUACCGUGAAGCCAUGGGGGCGUUCAUUGUUUUUGACAUGACGCGGCCUUCCUCCUUCGAGGCUGUCACCAAGUGGAAGGAGGACCUGGACUCUAAACUUACACUGGCCAAUGGGAAAAAUGUGGCCGCUGUGCUAUUGGCUAAUAAGUGCGACCAGGGGCGGGACGUGCUAACCAACAACGGGAUCCAGAUGGAGAAGUUCUGUCAGGAGAAUGGCUUUGUGGGAUGGUACGAGACCUCUGCCAAGGAGAAUAUGAAUAUAGAUGAAGCAGCUAACUGUCUGGUGAAGCACAUCAUCGCCAACGAGAAUGAUAUCCUCCAAUCAGAAGUCCCUGACACCGUCUCUCCGCAAUUAAACUCUGUCAGGGGUGGGACCUGCUCCUCCUGUUUCAAAUCAUAGAACACCAUCACUACACACCACCACCAUCACUACACACCACCACCAUCACUACACACCACCACCAUCACUACACACCACCACCAUCACUACACACCACCACCAUCACUACACACCACCACCAUCAC